AUGGAUCAUGGAUUACUCGAGUCCAGCCUGGCGGCUCGCGCGCCCCCGGAGCGCGGUCUGUCCCCCGCCGGUCACGUGGUCGUCUCGGUGUGUCUCGGCUUUAUCGGCACGUUCGGCUUCGUCAACAACGCGCUCGUGCUCCUGCUGUUCUGCCGCCGCAAGCCGCUGCGCGCGCCGAUCAACUGCAUGCUCGUGAGCAUCUCGGUGAGCGACCUGCUCGUGAGCGCGCUCGGGACGCCGUUCAGCUUCGCCGCGAGCACGCGCGGACGGUGGCUGAUCGGCGCGCGCGGCUGCGUCUGGUACGGCUUCAUCAACUCGUUCCUCGGUAUCGUGUCUCUGAUCUCCUUGGCUGCUCUGUCAUAUGAACGUUACUGCACGAUGAUGAAGCCCACUCAGGCCAACCUGACCAGCUACAGGAAGGUCUUCAUGGCUAUCGCUUUCUCCUGGAUCUACUCCCUGGUGUGGACCGUGCCUCCGCUCUUCGGGUGGAGCCACUACGGCCUCGAGGGUCCUGGUACAACCUGCAGCAUCAGCUGGACCACCAAAACAGCAAACAACGUUUCCUAUAUUAUCUGUCUUUUCUUUUUCUGCCUCAUCAUUCCGUUUGUAGUGAUUGUGUACAGCUACGGGAAACUGCUGCAGGCCAUCAAGCAGGUGAGGAGGAUUAACACGGCGCUGAGUCGUAAGCGUGAACAGCGGGUUCUCCUCCAGAUCAUCACCAUGGUGGUGUGUUAUCUGCUGUGCUGGCUGCCGUACGGUACCAUGGCUCUCAUAUCGACGUUCGGAGAACCCAGACUGGUCACGCCCGAGGCUAGCAUCGUGCCGUCUCUGUUAGCCAAAACGAGCACCGUGAUCAACCCCAUCAUCUACAUCUUCAUGAACAAACAGUUCUACAGGAGCUUCAGAGAUCUGCUCAUGUGCACAUCGCCACAUCAGAGAUCGAGCUACAAAACCUCCACCAAGUUCUCAAAGUCUCUCAGGAUAUUAAGACAAGUCAAUGGUCCCAAUGUGACUCCAUGCCAAGACGCUGCCUGCAAUCCAGACUGCGACAAGCCAAAGAGCGGGUCUGAACCAGAGGCCGGUUCUCCUGCAGCUCCUGGAACUGUGAAGCACACCAUGGUCUCUCUGGUGGUCCAGCAGAUGUGCAGAGCGACAGAAACCCGGUUCUUGACUCCAUGAUGCUGCUGCAAACAAUAAGGAGAAGAAAAGUACAAUUAUAAAUAAACCUGU